AUGAUUGCCAAUUCUGAAAUAAUCAAAAAGAAAAAAACAAAUACCUUAAGUCAUAAUGGUAACUGAUGCUGGGCUCCCCAUCUUUGUCCCCUGUGACAUCAUUUUCUAGCCCUAAACAUGGGGCUACAAAAGGCCACAGCUCCUACAGCUCGUCAUCACUUCUGCCAGGGAGCUGCUGAGGAGGACAGGACAUCAACCCAAUCAACCCUCACCAUACCUGGAAACCAUGAGGGAAAUAGUCAACAUUCAAGUUGGGCAGUGUGGUAAUCAGAUCGGAACCAAGUUUUGGGAGGUGAUCAGUGAUGAGUACGGCAUUGACUCUGCUGGCCACUACAGGGAACGGCCGUCUGCUGGUAUAGAAAGGGUCAAUGUCUACUUCAAUGAGCCUUUUGCUAAUAAGUAUGUCUCCAGAUCCAUUAUGGUGGACUUAGAGCCUGGCACCAUGGACAGUAUUCGCUCAGGACCUCUGGCCCAACUUUUCAAUCCUGACAACUUUAUUUAUGGUCAGAAUGGGGCAGGGAACAACUGGGCCAAGGGGCACUACACCGAAGGCUGUGAGUUGAUUGACGAGAUCAUGGACCGGGUGCGAAAGGAGAGCGAGGACUGCGAGUCCCUGCAGGGCUUCCAGCUCCUGCACUCCCUGGGCGGGGGCACUGGCUCAGGCCUGGGCACCUUGCUCCUGGCCAAGAUCCGAGAGGAGUACCCCGACCGCAUCAUGGCCUCCUUCAGCGUCUUCCCAUCCUCCAAGGUGUCCGACACGGUGGUGGAGCCCUACAACGCCGUGCUCUCCACGCACCAGUUGCUGGACAGCGCCGACCAGACCAUCUGCUUUGACAACGAGGCCCUCUAUGACAUCUGCUUCCGCAAGCUCAAGCUUCCCGCGCCCACCUACGGCGACCUGAACCACCUGGUGUCGUCCACCAUGAGCGGCGUCACCACCUGCCUGCGCUACCCGGGCCAGCUCAACGCCGACCUCCGCAAGCUCGCCGUCAACAUGGUGCCCUUCCCGCGCCUGCACUUCUUUGCGCCAGGCUUCGCUCCCCUGACGGCGAGAGGCAGCGCCACCUACCGAGCAUUCACUGUGUCCGAGCUGGCUCAGGAGAUGUUCGGAGGCGGGAAUAUGAUGGUGGCUUGUGACCCCGGCCGCGGUGGUCGCUACCUCACCGUGGCGGCGGUUUUCCGAGGCCGCGUGUCCAUGAAGGAGGUGGAGGAGCAGAUGCUGGGCAUGCAGCGCAAGCACAGCGCCCGAUUCGUCGACUGGUUGCCCAGCAACCUGUCCGUGUCCGCCUGCGACGUGCCGCCGCGGGGGCUGUCGAUGUCCGCCACGUUCGUGGCCAAUACCACGGCCAUCCAGGAGAUCUUCCGCCGUGUGUCCGCGCAGUUCGCCUCCAUGUUCCGGCGCAAGGCCUUUUUGCACUGGUACAGCGGUGAAGGCAUGGACGAGAUGGAGUUCACUGAAGCUGAGAGCAACGUCAAUGACCUGGUGGCUGAGUACCAGUUACGCCAAGAUGCUACUGCCUAUGGCGAUGAUGAUGAUGAUGAUGAUGAUGCUGAUGCUGAUGAUGCGGAGGUGGUGGAUGAGGAGCCAGAUAGUAGAUGAAAUGAAGGGACUAGAUGUU